AUGCCGCCGAUUUUCGAUAAACCAACUGCGGACAAGUAUGACUAUAUUGUUAUAGGGGGUGGCAGUGGAGGGUCCGGUACGGCUAGGAGGGCGGCGUCGUAUGGCAAAAAGGUUGCCGUUGUCGAAGCCACACCUCAUCUGGGAGGAACGUGUGUGAACGUCGGUUGCGUGCCCAAGAAAAUUAUGUGGCACGCCGCAGAUCUUCAAGAUAAAAUCACAAACCACGCGGGCGGCUACAGAUUCACCGGCGUCGAGAACGCCAAAUUUGACUGGAAGACGUUCAAGCCCCAACGCGACGCCUACAUCCGCCGACUUAAUGGUAUCUACGCCAACAACUUUGACCGCGAGGGCGUUGAAUUCCACCAGGGUUUCGGCAAGCUGCUCAGCGCGACAGAGGUCGAGGUGAAGCGCCCGGACGGGCAGACGUACGUCCUCAAGGGAGACAACAUCUGUAUCACCGUCGGCGGACAGCCGACGCUGCCGUCUGACGAGGAGAUCCCAGGCGCGAGCCUCGGUAUUGAUUCGGAUGGCUUCUUUGCGCUGGAGGACCAACCGAAGCGCGUCGCGGUCGUCGGCGCUGGGUAUAUUGCUGUCGAGCUCGCCGGGAUCUUCAAUGUGCUGGGCACCGAGACUCAUCUUCUGAUCCGCGGUGAGACGGUGCUGAGGACGUUUGACCCGACGCUGCAGGAGACGCUGACGCCGUGGAUGGAAAAGAGCGGCGUGCAUCUACACAAGCAGACGCAUGUCACCAAGGUUGAAGGCGAAAAGGGUGGCCCGUUAACCGUGCACACGGAUAAAGGAGAGAAGAUCGAGGUGGAUGUGCUGUUAUGGGCCAUUGGUAGGCAUGCCAGUACUAAAGGGCUUGGAUUGGAGGAGGUCGGGGUGAAGCUGGACAAGAAAGGCGAUAUUGUUGUGGAUGAGUACCAGAAUACGUCGGUCAAGGGCGUCACUGCUAUCGGCGAUGUCCAGGGUAAAUGGCUUUUGACGCCCGUCGCUAUCGCUGCUGGCAGGAGACUCUCGAACCGCCUAUUUGGUCCAGAGAAAUUCAAGAAUGAUAAACUCAGCUACGAAAACAUACCGACUGUUGUCUUCUCACAUCCUCCUAUCGGAACUGUCGGUUUGACGGAGCCAGAGGCGAGGAAAAAAUACGGCGAUGACCAGAUUAAAAUUUACAGGUCAGGAUUCCGUGCUCUAUAUUUCUCCAUGGUGGAGGAGGAGCACAAGGAGCCAACCGUAUACAAAUUAAUCUGCGCCGGACCUGAAGAAAAGGUGGUCGGUGUACAUAUCAUUGGUUUGGGAAGCGAUGAAGUCAUGCAAGGCUUUGGAGUCGCCGUAAAGAUGGGCGCAACAAAACAAGACCUGGAUGACACUGUGGCCAUUCAUCCCACUUCUGGAGAAGAACUUGUCACUCUCCGUUGA